UUGCUGUGAUGGAGCUUCUCACAUAACAUUAUGAUGCUGAAUAUCAACUGUUGAUGUCCUUUGGACGAAUAAGUAUGGGGAAACAUGAUCCAGUUCUAACAAUGGACAGAAAAGAUUUAGCAAUGGCAGCCAUUAUGCAGUGUCUCCAACAAUUUCUGGUAUCGCCGUAUUAAUUGGUUGUGAGAAUGGCAAGUGGACAAAGUCCAAAAUCUGCCACCCUUCCUCCCAGAACUCAGCCCCCAAAGUCUGGUAACCAUAGAAACAAAUUGUCUUCUCCAUCUUUCAAUAGAAGUUUAUUUGGACGGCUUGUGCAGAAGUUACGAUUCCGUAACCGUGAUAAUGAUACUGAGCACCCAGACUCACAGAAUGUUGAGGGGUUGUAUUUUAAGCGGAAAAUGUCCCCUGAGCACAAGGACACCCCCAGUCAGGGUCCGUUUGCUAGAGUAGAUGUGAGGAGGAGCCAGUCUGACAGAAGCUACCAGAAACCUGUAGAAAUGCGGAAGAAAAAUGGGGCAUUCCCAAAACUCAGGCGUUCAAGGCAUUCUAAAGAUGUAGCAGAAGUCUUGUCUCCCCCAGACAAGAAACCCUUAGCAUCAGAUAUAGAAGUGACUAAUGAUUUCAUUAUAUCUGAUGAGGCAGGGGUGGACUUAGAUGAGGGAAAUAAAAUAGAACCAAUAUCUCCAGAAGACAUGGAUCCAGGGUAUGAAACUCUGGACGAGGUACGAGAGAAAAUGAAGAAUUUAAAACUGAAGAAGUUGAAGGAGGAGGAGGCAGAGAUUCUUGCUCCCACUCAAGUACAGCACCACCGACGUUCACAGUCCACAGGGGGUCAGGAGGAGGUACACUGGAGGGAGAGUAAUGAAUUCAAAAUUAAUCCCAGGGAAAAACUAGGCAAGAAUUCCAGUCACACAGAUGUGAAUAGGCCAAGCAGUCAAAAUUUUGAUAUGAAGAAUCGUCUUCUGCCGAGCUUUACUUCCAACCUUUUAUCUGUGCGUUCAGGAAGUUGUCCUCUCCAAAAUGAAAACUCUCUACAGACAGGGAUAAAAAGUUCUCAAAACAAGUCAGAGAAUUGUAUUUCUCAAGGAGGAGUCAUCUGGAAAGAAACUGAAGAUGUGUAUGCUAACCCUUCCAUUGUCCACAACAAAACAAAAAAUGUGGAAAACCCCUUCAAGGAACCACUGAGGUCUGGUAGUGUUGUAAACAGGGAAGAAAGUGUAGAUAGAGAACCACCUCCCUUGCCAGAAAGACAGUAUAGUGUUCAGAAUCUUGAGGACAUAAACACUGAAGAACCUCCAAGUAAUGAGGACCCUGUUUCUUCUGAAUGUCCUCGUACUGAGGACAGCAUACCUCCGGAGGCAGACACAGAACAAGUACCUCAGGAAGUGAGACUCGAUCCUCUGGAUGAGGAUGAUGAGACAAAUGGGUAUUCAACUUGUGGUUCCUCACUAGUUCUUUUACAGAGGAGGGAGAGGAUUUAUGAGGAGAUCAAAGAUCAGGACAUUAAAACUUCACAGUGUUCUUGUGAAGAGGACAAAAUGUGUUCAGUGCCAUAUCAAUCUUACAUAAAGAAAGAGAGACCUUAUGAAGAGGUUAAAGAUCUGCAGAUAGAUAGUGGAUUUCAUAAUUCUUCUUCUGGAUCUGACUUGUUUGCUCAAGUUAUGCAUCAUUUUGACUCUUUAUCAGAGAAUGUGUCAUCAGCAGGUCCUUGUGAAAUUUCUACGGAAGACUUAGACAUGGAUUGUGGUAAUGUUGGUGAGAAAAUGAAUAUUCCAAAUGGGAGCUGUAAUACAAACAGUGCUAGGACAGACAGUGCUAUAACUGACUUAAGCAUAUCCUCAGACCACUUAGUCUCAAAUCUUACAUCUUUUACAUCAUCUGCAGAGCAGGCAGACUCUGUUAAAUGGAAAUCAGAGAAACAAAAAAUAAAGGACAAAUCGGAUCUGGUUUGCAGCCAGUCUCAGUCAAAUUCCACAGUGUUAGAGUCAUAUGAAACUGAAAAUCUAUGUGCUAAGCCAUUAAACGAUGAUUUAACUAACCACCAGUUUUCCUUUGAAAAUCAAUCCCCUAUGGCAACAUCAUAUGAGGAUGAUGCAGACCUUGUGUUGGAAAGUUUAGAAAGUCAAACCAUUCCCUCUGGCGUGUCCUCCAUUGAGAAUUUACUGGAUUAUGAAAGAAACAUGGAGGACAGCACUGCAAAACUGAAGGAUUCAGAGAGUUGUUUUCAGAUGGGUAGUUCACAUGUGAAUAACUGGGAGGAGAUACCAUACGCUGAUGCUAAUAAUCUGAAACUUACAGACAUACCUCGGACGAUGCUAGAUGAUGGCACUCACUCUGAUUGUAAUGACUCUAAUCGAGAAAGUUUAACUGGGAGUUUGAUCAUAACAGAAGCAGAUUUGGCUUGUGAUCAAAAUAGUGCUAAACAGACAGAGACAACUGAUCAGUCAGAUGUAAAAACUAGUGCUGAAGUAGUUAUAGUAGAUAAGCCAGAAUUACCUACAGUAAUAAGUGCAAUGGGAGGUGAUCCAGAGGAGGGCAUGCAGGAUAUUCCGGACGAAGAGACAGAAGUGAAAAGGAGGUCCAAAGGACUCCCAUUUAAAACCAUUCCUUCAUUUUAUUACGACGAAGAGCCUGUUCACAUGAGUCUUGCAGAAUUAGGUAUGAAAGAACACUAUAGCAAGCACAGUAGAGAGAGAGAAAAACAGAAGAAGAAGCAGAAAGAAGGAAAGUCUUCUAGUACCAGACAAAAGAGUGCAGAAAGUUCAUCUCAGGUCAAGGUCAGUGGCUCAUCUAGGGUCAAAGUUAGAGACAGCAGUCUCAGACAAACACCUGUUCACAAAAACCCAGCAGCCAGAAGGACUUAUCCUAUGGGAAUGGCAAAAUCUCUUGAAACUGAAAAGGUGCACAAGGACCCAAUUGAGACCAAGUUGAGUAGAUCUGCAACAUCAGGUGAAAAACCAUUAAGAGAUGCCAAGGCCAAGUCCAGCGUUGUGGAACCUAUCACACUGCCCGAGAUACCUGCAUUCAACCAGAACUCUGAUAUUAGAUGCAGACAAGAUUUUUUUGAGAGCAUGAAACAGCUAAAAGAUUGUGGUUGGUACUGGGGGCCGCUGAGUUGGGACGAGGCAGAAAUCAAACUUAUGAGUAAACCAGAUGGCUCUUUUCUGGUUAGGGACAGCUCAGAUGAGAGAUACAUCCUAAGUCUGUCAUUCAACAUGAAUGGUCAUGUCCACCAUACUAGGAUAGAGCAUCAUAAAGGUAAAUUCAGCUUUUGGUCACAGCCUGAUUCAUUAGGAAAAUCAACCAUUAAAGAUUUUAUUGAACAGUGUGUUAGAAAUUCCCGCAAUGGACAGUUUCUAUAUUUCAUUCGACCUUCUGGUCCUGGGGCGCCACCUAUGCCAGUUCAUCUCCUUCACCCCGUAUCUCGAUUCCGACAGAUGCAGUCACUGCAGCACAUGUGUCGUUUCCAAAUCCUACAGAUUGUACGACGAGACCACAUUGAUCGACUGCCCAUUCCCACACGUAUUAAGGACUACCUCCGAGAAUCCCAAUAUUACGUAGAAUACUUAGAGGAUUGAGGGGGAAAUUUUUUCUACAAAUUUAUUUGUGAUUAAAUCAACCAAAUUAAUUGUGAUUCAUCAACCAAAUUAUUUUUUUUGUGUUUUCUGUCUGUGAUGUGAUAGUGAUGUUUUGUGCUUUUGAUUUACAAAAUCAUGUGACAAUUUUAUAUUUACUUUUGAAUAUCUUUUAUGUUCACUUUCAAAAACAUUUUUAAUUGAGCUUAUAACAAUUUUUAAAAGCAGGAUUGAUAGUUUUUUGUUUGUAGUAUUGAUAUGGGCGUCAAACUUUUAAUUGCUUCAUGGUAACUUUUACAACCAUAGCACAUAUACAUGUACAUGUAUGUUAUUAUGCAGAGCAAUAUUGUGCAGUGUAACCCGUUUUGUUUUUUCUGAAGCAGUACCAUAAAUUCAGAUGUCUGUAAUCUGUAUUGUAUGUACCUUUUGUGAACUACCUCAGUUCAGGCACGGAUCCAGGAUUUUGAUGUUAGAAGUAGUGCUAUUAGAUGGCGAUGGGACUAGGUACUACCAGGGUCCUCAAUGGAUCAAGGGCAGUGUUGGGUGAGGGUCCUGGGGGUAAGGCCCUUGUAAGCUCCCUAGAAUGAGCAAUUAGAGAAUAUUUUUGACACAUGAAAGACUGUAAUUUUACCUUUAUUACAUAGAUGUAUGACAGGGAAAAAUAUAUCUGAAAUUUUGGCUUUUUGUUUUUAGUUCAGGUGCUUGCCGGGAGCACCUCUGCCAGAAUCCACGCCUGCAGUUACUCAUAAUACAAUUUUCAACCAAAUUUCCACUCAGUAUGCAAUCACAAUUCACUUCUGGCACUCAGUGCUGAUAUUAUUAAAAUGGUUUUUUUUUUAUAUAACAAAACACAGAUUUUCAGGUGACUUACUAGUAGUAUUUUAUAAGGGACUCUGAUUUUUUUUAAAAUAUGAAAAGAAGGUAUGCUUAAUGAUUUGAGGUAGAUUACCUUUAAUUUAAGUAUUUUAAUGAAAUAAAAUCAAGCGCUUGUAAGUAGCUUCAGAUUAAUUUUUACCUGAUAGACCAUAUUUUCCAUAUAGAAUCAUUAAUCAAAAAUAAUUUCAUCUAAAAUGUAAAAUCUGUUAAAAAAAAAAAUCAUGUUACAUUUGCUUUAGAGCACACAGCUGCUAAAUGAAAAAAAAUAUUUUUCAUGUUUAGAUGUUGUUUGGUGCUACGAUGGAAAGGAAUAAUAUUUGCUGAUAACUUUGUCUCAAUAUUUUAUAUUUUUGAGUUGCAUUUCAUUGUAUUUCGUUCAGAUGAAAAAAAAACCCCAUAAAGUCUCACAUUUGUACUAUUGUUUUUUUCUUAGGAGAUGUAGUCAUAAUUCUGAAUUAAAGGGAUUAAUUCUCAUACAUUAUUGUCAAAAGAAAAUUAAUAAAUGCUGUACAAUGUACUAAUACAUAUAUACAUGUAUAUUAAGUGACACGAUUUUUAAUAAUAUAGCUGGUAAUAAACAUGUAUACUGGGGUUUGUAUGAUAUUAAUAUUAAAUUCCAUUAUGAGAUAAUUAUUAGGUUAAUCACAUAAAAUAAUUCAUUAGUUACGUUGCAUAGUAUCAAUUGCUUCUUUUUUUUUUUAUCUGAUAUUUUGAUCAGUACACAUGUAUUGAAAUUAAAGCAAACUUUCAUUUUGAGAAAUUUAUUAGAAGGAUUUUUUUUUUAAAAUUACAAAUGUACAUGUAUGAUUUGCUGGAUCAGUUUUUAAGAUCACUAGUUAGGAAAGCUCUUUUGUCAACCUAUACUCAUGUUAUUCAUGAAAGGUAUUUUGUGAAACCAGAUGUAAAAAGAAUAGAUGUAAAAUAUUUGAAAAAUCUAAUAUUUAGUUAAAUUUAACUUAGGAUCUUUUUAUCAUUUGAAAGGCAGCAUUCCAAUAUUCAUUUUAAAGUUUUGAAUUUCUUUUCAGUCAGCUGCUUGAAAGAUUUAAGUAACUUUAUUUUUGUGUCACUUUGAUUUAAAUAUAAAAUUCCACAGAAAAUGCAGAACUGCAGAUAUUAACUAAAAUAAAAGAUGUUGCUUUUACAUUCAGACUUUUAAGUGUGUUGGGGGGAAAAAAUCAAUGCAUUCUCUCUAUAUAAAGGGAUAGGCUGGACUGACAGCUUCAAGUUGCAUUUUAAGUUUUUCAAAUUGAAGUUUUUGAUGUUAUAUUUAUGAAAGGUGCAUACCUGUUAUAUUUGUGCUGCAUGGUUUUUUUGUACCAAAUUUUGUUGUUGUACCUGUGAACCUGUUGUUGAUUUCCGUCUUGACAUUGGAAUUAGAUUCCUUUUAAUUGUUUAUCCUGUCAUGUCAUGUCUAAAAAAUAAAUACAUGUCAAUGUAUUAAGGACCCUACAAA